GUGCCUCCAUUCGCACCCGUCUCGUCGGUUAUCAGGAUCACCGGCUGCGCUCAGGAUUGUGGGCGGCUCCACCUUGACGCCACGCGGGGUGGGCCUAUUGAGCAACGUCCCACAUCAUCUAACGUCAUUGCUCGCAAAGGGGUGCGCUACAGUGACUUUCCACAACAGCCUGGCGGGAAAGGUAGCACAGGAGGUCGCGGCGGUGGGGCUUCGACCGAAAGUAUCUUGAGCCUCCAGAUCUCAAUUUUGCAGUGUCAUCGGUCUUGCAGCGGCAUCAGGACGCCUCGGGCACCGUACUGGUUGUCCGGCCAAACUCUGGAACCUGUGGGGAUGUGGGCACGAGCUUGGCUUGAAUGGCCUCACCCAUGA